AUGAAGGUGUCCAAUGUAACCACAGCGACAGAGUUUAUCUUACUGGGCAUUCCAUUUCUACAUGAUCUCCAUGGUGCCUUCUUUGUUGUGAGCUUGUUGAUGUACAUGACAACCAUCAUGGGAAACGGGUUCAUUCUCAUCAUUGUAGCCUUCGAGCCAAGACUUCAGACUCCCAUGUACAUCUUCUUGAGCAACCUGGCUUUUCUGGAGAUCUGCUACACCACAACUGUUAUACCAAAGAUGCUACAGACUCUUGUAUCAGCACGGACCACAAUUUGUUUCUAUUGCUGCAUGGGCCAGAUAUAUCUUCACUUUGCCCUGGGUGGCACCGAGCUCUUCAUUUUCACAGCAAUGUCCUUUGACCGUUAUUUGGCCAUAUGCAAGCCGCUCCGGUACCCCAUGAUUAUGACUAAGCAUGUCUGCAUCCAGAUGUCUUUGGCUACUUGGUAUGGAGGUUUCUUCAUUUUGUUCUUUCAGUUUCUCAUCCUCUUGAGGUUGCCCUUCUGUGGGUCCAAUGUCAUUGACCAUUUCUACUGUGACAUAGGACCCCCCUUAAGUCUUGCCUGUGCUGACACUCAGAUCAUUGAGUUGCUGGGGUUGUUUAGCUCUUUCAUUAUUAUUGUUAUGACCUUGUUCCUGACACUGACAUCCUACAUCUUUAUCAUCUCCACCAUAUUACGCAUUCCUUCAGCCAUGGGCCGCAAGAAGGCCUUCUCCACCUGUACAUCACACUUGAUUGUGGUGUCUAUAUUGUACGGGGCACUGAUUGUCAUGUAUGUGAGGCCCAACAUGCAUUCCUCUUCUCGUGUAACCAGGGUAUUAGCAGUCUUGAACACUGCCCUUACCCCAAUGUUGAACCCUUUCAUUUACACAAUAAGGAACAAUGAAGUAAAAGAAGCUGUCAAGAGCAUGAUCCAGAAGAAGAAGAGGAUCCCAAAUAACGUUUAA